AUGAGUGACAUAAACGAUCAUUUGUCCGACACCAGUUCAGAUUUAAAUUGGCCACUUGAUCAUUCCUUCGAACGACAACCCGAUGAUCGAGUUGUUUUCGAAAAUGUUGCUGAUCAAUAUGUAAAAGGCGCAGAUGUUACCGCAUUUUUCACCAUUUUACAUGACAUAAAGGUCAACUCAGAAGAAGACCAAAUUGGGUUAUUACGCGUUGGUUACACAAAUAUUAAAGAGUGUGUAGCAUAUGCUCCUGUACAAUUCACUCCAUCUGCAUCAUCAGGAGCGACUUGUCAUGGUAUAGCAGCAUUUCCAUCAGCAUCAUUACCUGUAACCGAUGAUGAAUUCUAUCAGUUUUGUUAUAUUUUAAAUAAAACAAAAAAUCUUGGUUCAUCGAUACCAUUCCAAUUGAAUUGUGCACCCGAUGAUAUUGAUCUUUUAUCAAAUGCACCAGUACGAAAAACCAAACCUGAUAGUUUUAUUGCAUUAUCCGAUCAUGAAAAUGAUGAUUUUCUUGUUAUACAUACGAAACAGAUGUUAACAGAAGAAAAAUUACGUCAAGAAAAUCGACAACUAUUAGAAAUAAAUCGUCGAUUUGAAUCCCAAAAUGAUGAAUAUAAAGCAAAAUUAGAAUCAAUAGAAGCUAAAGCUAAAGAACAAUGUGAAAAAAUUUCCAACGAAAUGCAAGAAUUGACUGCAUCACAUAAAGUAGCCAUCGAUACAUUAUCAUCUCGAGAACAACUCGAAUCUAAACUACGCGCUGAAUAUGAUAAAUGCCGUUCACUAUGUAAUCAAUAUCAAACUGAAUCUUUACAACAUGCAGAACGUUGUUGUACAGUGGAAGAUUCUCUUGCUAGAGUAUCAAAUGAAGCAAAUCAAAUUCGUUCACAAUUAGCCAUUACAUCUCAAUUAGCUAAAGAUCAAGCAACACAAAUUGUUGAUUUACAACGUCGUUUGAUGCAAGCUGAUGAGUUAUCGAAAUCGGCAAAUCAACGUCAAGCAUUACUUGAACAACAAUUACGUGAUUUACGUUUAACAUCAGAAAAAAAUCAAACACAAUUAGAUGCAUAUGCAAAACAAAUUACUGAAAAAGAUGAACAAAUCAUUGAUUUACAGACAAAUAAUAAUCUAUUACAAGAAAAAUCAAGUUCGUUAAAAGCUGAUUAUGAAUCUUCAGUCAUAGCAGGUAAAAGAAACGAAGAAUUGCAACGACAAAUCGAUCAAUUAAGUGAAGAACAUCGCAUCGAGAAUGAAUCAGCACAAAAAGAAAUUGAAUCACUGAAAAUUCAGUUAAACGACAUGAACUCUUGUCAACAAGCGUAUAUGGCAUUAAAAGUUUCAUUUUCUGAAAUUGAAAAACGUUGUGUUAAACAUCAAAAAAGUGAAAUUGAAGCUAAACGACAGUUGGGAUUCAAUGUCAAGUCGAUUAAUGAUUUACAACAUACAGUUGUAGAUUUAACGAACCGAUUAUCAACUGCAGCUGAUGAAUAUAAAAAAUUAUACCUCAAAGGCGUUGCGCCCGAACGAAAUGCACAACACGAACAAACGAAUCCAACAACUUUAGUAAAUGAAUCUCCUCUCAAUAAUGAUACAAUUGAAGACAUGCUCCGUAGUUUAAACGUACUUGAGCCAGCGAAAAAUGAAGAGCGACAUGAACUAGAAAACGAUAUUACAUCAUUACCAGCAUCCCUAACAGAUGAUAAUGUUGAAAUAGGCAGCUGUCCAAUGUGCUAUUGGGAGUUUCCUAAACGUAUGACACUCGAUGAGAAGAAAGAUCACAUCGAACAGCAUUUUACCAGCAGUUGA